UCAUCGGCGCGCGUCCCGGUCGGAUAGAGCUUUUUUGGACAGGACAAUCGGUGAUGAUUGUGUAUAUACAGCAGUGUUUUAAAGUGAUCCGUUUCAACGUAAAAUCGGAUAAGUGAAAGAAACAGGCGAGAGGCAUCAGUGAGUAACGCGGGGAGUUAGUUGACAAAGCUUGCGGUGGUUGAGACUCCUGCUCUUUCGCGUCUUGCUGCUGUCAUCUUAAAUAAUGGAGGAGCCUCAUGUUCAUUGCAUGUCCUGCAUAAGCAGAAGAUGCAUGGUCAAACCUGAACCCGGCACUUCCUGUGACCUCAUCAGCUGCCCUCUUGUGUGUGGUGCUGUCUUCCACAGCUGCAAGGCAGUUGAACACAAGCUGCUGUGCCCACUUGAAAGGGUGCCAUGUCUUAACCAAAGCAUUGGAUGCCCUUUUACACUGGCCCGUGGCCAGAUGGCAGAGCACCUUGAGGUGUGUCCUGCAGGUGUGGUGUGCUGCUCUAUGGAGUGGAAUAGGUGGCCAGUGAACGACGAGGAUUAUCGUUCGUAUGAGAGACUGAGUCAAGAAGCAGAUGAUGUGGAGCAGCUUGACAUGGCGCUUGCCCUCCAGGACCAGCGUACCAUGUUAGCGUCACUCAAACUUGUCUCUCUGGCACCAACUAGUAGCCCGGAGAAAAGGACUCAGGCGGCAGGACAAAACAAAAAGCCUGGCCUAGUCUCAGUUGCUCAGGCUCCAUGUGUGCAGGUGGAGAGUGUUGACAUGGAGCCUACGGCUGGCUGCUCGAAAGAAAAGAUUUCCAAUGGGAUUAACGGUAUUAAAGAAGAACAUUAUGGUGAGCUCUACGAAACCACAGUAGAGACAACCAAAAGCCUGUCUGCAGCUCUCAACGUCCUGAUCCACCUUAAUUCUUCAGAAACAGAUGGUACAGACACUAAUGCAUCAGUUGGACUUACAGAGCGCAAUGGGGAACUGCAUGAAAAGGUGAGGAGGAGAGAGGAUGCCGGGUUCAGCUGUGAUAAAAUAGCUAGCGAAGUCAAUGGCCUAAAGGAGGAGCUACAGCCUCAACAGCACCAGAAACUCAUGGAGCUUGGCAGGAGCUUGGCCUCUGCUCUCGGUGCAUUAGGAGAUGCUGUCAAAGGCACUGAGACAAUUAAUGGUUCAAUAGUAAAUGACAAUGGUAUGCUCAUUCAGUCAGAAUCUUUGGAGUCUGCAGAUGUUGAUAUGAAGGAUGUUACAGCAGUGGUUAAUGGUGAGCUUGGGGCUGUUGGGGGAUUUGAUGGUGGAGAACCCACUUUAGAUGUUCUUGCUCAUGAGGCAACAGGUGAGUGUCGACCAUUCAUGUUGGAAGACAUCGAUAGACAAGGGUUCUGUAAUGGCUCUCAUAGUAUUGUAGAUGACUUAAUGGAAUCAACCACCGAACACCCUCAAAACCCAGAGUCUCAAGGUUCUUGGGAGUUUAUUGGUCCUUUAAUUCCCCAUAGGCCAGAAAUCAGACAAGAUCAACAUGCUUUCUUGAUUCAGGAGGCCUGUGGAUCACAAGCUCCAUUACUGCAGCAACCCAUACAUGCUCAAACUCUGACCGUCCAGAGAGACAGUGCUGUACCAACGAUGGCAUUAGACUUUGAAGACAGGACUUUUGAGAGGAAACUCCAAAACCUUCAGUUCCUGCGCAACUUUAUGCCACUUGCUCUUAAUGGACGGAAGGGUCCAUUUACCGAAGUCUUUCCUCACAGAAAUCCACAUUGCAAAAUGGAGGACAAAGCUGUAGACACAUCGGAUUUGAAUCCGGAGCCAAUGGAUGACCCAAUGGGACUUGGGGAAAUUGACUUUACGGCAGCCGCUCUUCUGUUCUGCUUAGAAGAGUCGCCACGAGCUCGGAGGAUAUCGGACACAGUCUAUGGGUUUGGGGGCUCACGUGUUGACUUCGGCACCCAGACGUUUAGUUUCCCCGCUGCCAUCUUGGCAACAAGUACGAUGGUUGGCGAGGUUGCAUCCGCUUCUGCUUGUGAUCGAGCCGCUCCACGCCUUUCACAACCAAGUCCGUUUUGCACUCUACGGCUUGAUCUUACCUUGGAGCAGCUAGUUCCUCGCCCAAGCUGGGCCCCACGCGAGGGCUCCAUGUUUACCUUUGAGUGCGGCCAGCUCUUCCGUCGAGAAGAGUUCCUCUCGCAUGUUCGCAAUGUUCAUGGAGAUAUCCAUUCUGGACUCAAUAGCUGGAUGGAGCACCGUUGUCCUUUAGCGUAUUAUGGCUGCACAUACUCCCAACGCAGAUUCUGCCCAUCCUCUCAGAGCUCAAAAGUUGUUCACGACCGCCACCUCAGGUCCUUCGGGGUACAACCCAUCUCAGAACCUGUGACUCAACCCAAGUGUGAUCACCUUAGUGGAUUGCCAUUUGAAGUACUUCAACAUGUAGCCCGGUUUUUGGAUGGCUUUAGCCUAUGUCAGCUGUCGAUGGUGUCCCGUACAAUGAGGGAUGUUUGCGCCAGUCUGCUGCAGACUCGUGGCAUGGUGGUGGUACAAUGGGAAAAGAAGCAAUAUUUGGAUGGAAGACAAUCCUGGCAGAUAAAAGACAAGGUUUGGCGUUUCAGCACAGCUUUUAGCCCAGUUAACCGCUGGGAGUUUGCGGACAUCUCUAGCAUGGCAGACCAUCUGAAACAUUGCCCAUACAAUGAAGUCCUCCGGCAGGUGGAGGCGGUUCCUCUGCCCUGCAUGUGCACGACCAGAGAGCUAACACGAGACGGCAGAUCGCUUCGAUCGGUUCUCAAACCAGUAUCAUAACACUACGAAAACUUAGUUUGCAAAACAGAACUAAAACACUUCAAUAUCUAACCUCUUCGAUCUACAGUAUAAUAUCACUGUGUAAAUAAAAGAAAACUAAAUAUUUUUUUGUUUUGAUGCUAAGAUUAUUUUUUUAAUAAUAUAACAAAGAUUAAUUUGGUCUGAAGGUGUGUGAUGCUAAUGGUUUCUUUGACACAGACCCAUGCUUUCUUUAUCAAGACCAAGGACUGGUUUAAAAGAGAAUAAACAAGGCUUGAUUCAGUGGGAUUUUAUGAUCCUUAACCUGACAAAUAGCACUUGAUUUAUUAGUUUUAACACCGCAAGAUAAUCUCUGUAAAGAUGAUCAGAAAAUGACUUCUGGUUCUUGUCAGUACAUAGCCACAAUAUAGUAUAUAUUUGCAUGGUUUGGUUAAGAUACUUUUUGAAAAAGGACACCUUCUUUGAUUAUUUUUGCAUGAUUCAGUCUUGCUUCAUUUUAUGGUGACAUUGCAGACAGGUGCACUUCCCCCUGUCCCGGGAACAGCUGUCAGGCUUAAGAUUUCAAGGGCUUGGAUUUAUAUUGGGCUUCAGAGUAAGAGAGCUGUUCUUCCUUUCACAUUAUCAUAGAAAAGGAGGUUUCCAUUUACAGCAGUUUUACAAUUGCCACACUCCUAAAGACUUAAUCCAGAAAUGGCACCAAUGGAUUUCAGUCAAAUGUCUUUGUUUGGACGCUUUCUUUGUACUGAAGCAUAUGCACUAAAACACCUUGAACUUGUUUAAAUUCAUUUUCUCCAGUACUAUAUCAUUCAAUAUCAGCAUGCCGACCAUAUAUCAGCAUUUAAAGUCAAUAUUUGCACUUUACUGAAUCUUGUGGCUGUCUGCACUCUGAUCCUCACUAACCUGAAGUAAGCAGAUGCUCUGCUAUUGUGUUUCCUAUUGAGUGAGCAGGAAAAGCUUAGCUAACAAUAUAUUUGA